AUGUCUGACACAAACAUGCAAUCAGUUUUAGAUGCAAUUGAAAAACAAAAGGAUGAAAUAAAUACUUUAAAAGCAAACAGAGAUUCAUUUGACGAAACUUUGAUGGCUCUUAAAAUUGCGCUAAGAAACGUGAAAGAAAGUGAAAAAAAGAGAUAUGAAAAAAUGAAAAGACAAACGCUUUUUUACGUAGAAAAACAAAACAUUAGCACUAAAGUUUUAGGGCAUGUCUUACAGAAUUACUUAAGACUAAAUCAAAGGUUAGAAGAAGUUACCAAGAAACAACAUGAGUUCUUUUCCUCUUUUAAAGAGGAAUGUAACGAGAUGAACAACAAGAUAAAAACCCAAGAUACAAAAAUUGAUAACGUAAAGGUGGAACUGUCUACGUCUCAACUGGAAUCAUUAGCCAGAUGUAAUUCACUUGAAAAGCAGCUUGAUAGUAAAAUAACAACUGAAGCCAUGACUAGACGCGAAGAAGUUAAAAAUGUGGCUUUUGAUAUUACUUUAUUGAAAGGAAUAAACCGAACUAAAGACACUAAACUUGAAGAACUUUCUAAGAAAAACAACGACCUGGCCGAAAAAAUGAAAAACAAGUUUGAUGAGCUGAUGAAAGAGGCACAUGGUAUAGAAGAAAGAAGUCAGCAAGAUGUCAAGAAUUUACAUGCUUCAAUUAAUGAAAUAAACUCAAAAUUGAAUGAACAUGAUGGAACGAUUAAGGAACAACAGGCUAAAACCGUAGAGUUAAAUUCUACCUUCCUUGUGUCAUUGUCGAUGACGGCAUCCAGCUUGAAUUCACAGCUGCAAGAACUAGACAAUAAAGUACAAAAAGAGAAAAAGAAUGUUCAUGACGAAUAUAACACUUUAAGAUCACUUAUUCUGAUGAUAAAAGAUACACAUGAAACCCGGUUCUCUAACCUUGCUGACCUUACGAAGAAAAAUGACGAAGAUCAAAAGGCUUUACAAAGUUCAGUUAACAAAUUAUACUCAAGAAUGCACGAACAAGAUGAAACGGUUAAAGGUCUACAGUUAAACAUCGAGGAGUUAAAUGCUAGCUUCUUUUUGUCAUUGUCGGAGACAGAUUCCAGGUUUAACUCACAGCUACAACAACUGGACAAUAAAAUACAAAAAGAAAAACAGAAUGUUCAUGAAGAAUACAAUACUGUAAGAUCUGAUAUUCAGUUGAUCAAAGUUGGAAAUCAAACUCGGGAUUCUAAGCUUAUGGAACUCGAUCAAGACCAAAAGACUUUACAAGUUUCAGUGAAUCAGCUAAGUCUGAAGGGCAUUGAUAUGAGGAACGACACAAAACGCAUCAAACAAAGGAUGACAACAAUGGAAGACCUGAUCGCUUCCGUUUCAGAGCAACAAAACAUGUUCAUUUCAAAUGUCACGGAGAGAUGUAAUAAAUUGGACGACCAGUUAAAAGACCAAGAAAAGAAAUUUGAUAGCGUGAAAGCAGAAGUUUCUAUUUCUUUCUCUAAUGCUUCAGCCGAAUUAAAUUCACAAUUUCAAUUGAUUGAUAAUAAAAUAACAACAGAAACAAAGAAUUUGCAUGAAGUUAUCAACAAUUUGAGACGUGAUACUCUGUUGAUCGAAGAUACUAAUUCAAACAGGGACAGUAAGCUCCAGGAGCUAACAAGUAAAACUGAUGACAUAACAAAACAGAUGAAAAACAUGAAUGGCGAGCUGGACCAAACAAUUAAGGCCUUUGAUAACAGAUGUCUGCACGCCAUUGAAAUUUUGCAAGGCGAAGUAUUUGACUUAGAAACGAAUGUCAAGGAUCUGGGAAACUGUAACACGGAGACCAAACAGAAGCAGACGACAAUGGAUGAGCAGAUUACGUCAAUGUACAGUAGACUAGACAAACUGCAACAAGACGGAGAUAACUUUCGGCAGUUCAGAGAUUUAGCAAACCGUAAGCUUUUGAAUAUCAAGGUCACGUGUGACACUCUGGAAGGCAAGUUGACUGCUGAGGGUAAAAACGUAGAAGAGCUCAAGAGAAAGCUGCAAGUUCUGUCUAAAUCAGUGUCAGACAGUUCCGCUGUAAUGACUUGCCAUCUGACAAAGUUGGAUGGGGUAAUAAAAAGAGAAAUACAGAACAGAUCUAAUGAAAUAUGCAGCCUGAAAUGUGAGAUGCAAGCGAUGGAAAAAGAACAUCAAAAAGGCAAUUCCAAAGUAGUUGACCUGUAUCUGAAGUAUAACGCUCAAGAAAACGAAUCGAAAAACUUACGUGAUGCCAUAGAUGAGUUGGAUUCUGCGAGAAAAAUGUUGGAACAUCGCUGUCAACAGUUCCAUACACGCUACAAGGUUAGAAUGUAG